AGAAUUGAAACAUCGAUGAACAAGACCAGGACUUGCAAGUGGACGCCCGAUUUUCUAGUUGCUCAUUGAUCGAGUUGCCGAGCUCCAAUAAACACCAGCCAUGCAAAAAUCCUAGUAGGACGGACCCAAUCAGAUCUGCUUGGAUCUUCCUUCUUCCCAAAAUCCAUUGCUUGCACUAAAAUGAAUAACAUAUACUAGUAGCUGAAAGAGAGAGGCCAGCAUCUCUAUACUAUAUGAGAUGAGAUGAGAUGAGAUGGGUCAUAAAGACUGCCCCUCCUGCUCACCUCAGACCUUGCCUAGCUUCAGUGUGAGCUCCGUAGCUCAUGCUGUGACUUGCUAUCUUUUUCUGAUCCUUGUAUACAACAAGGCUGCAGCAUCUCUGCUUCCGCCAUGGACAGGGUCACCCAGUGGGUUUCGUCCCAGCAGGAUGUCCCUGCCGACCUUACCAUCCGGAUCGCCGACUCCAUCUUCCCUCUCCACAAGGCGGUCAUGGUGCCCAGGUGCGGCUACAUCCGCCGGGCCAUCGCCAAGGAGGACCCCUCCGCCGCCGUCGAGCUCGACAUCUCCGCGCUGCCCGGCGGCGCCGACGCGUUCGAGAAGGCGGCGCGCUACUGCUACGGCGCCAACUUCGAGAUCACCGCGCUCAACGCCGCCGCGCUCCGCUGCGCCGCGGCGUUCCUCGACAUGCAGCACCCGGCGGACCUGGCGCGCCGCGUCGACGAGUUCCUCGCACAGGCCGCGCUCCGCGCGCUGCCCAGCGCGGUGACCGUGCUGCGCUCCUGCGAGGCGCUACUCCCGGCCGCCGAGGAGCUCGGCCUCGUGCGCCGGGCCGCGGACGCCGUCGCGCUCAGGAUCUGCAACGAGGCGCUGUUCCCGACCAGGACGCCGCCGGGGUGGUGGACGACCGAGCUCGCGGCGCUCUCGCCGGCGUCGUUCCAGAAGGUCGCGACGGCGCUGCGGUGCCGCCGCGCGGACCCCAAGGUGCUUGCCAACGCGGCGAGCGCCUACGCGGAGCUCGCGCUGGCGGAGGUCCUCGCCGACCCCCGGGACAGGGAGGACCAGCGCGCGCUUGUCGAGUCCGUGGUGGACGUGCUCCCUUCCGCCGCCGACGCGCCCAUCCCGGCGGCGCUUCUCUGCCGCCUCCUCCACGCCGCGGUCACCACCGAAGCCUCCGCCAAGACGUGCCGCGACCUGGAGCUCCGCGUCGCGGCGGUGCUGGAGCAGGCCACCGCGGGGGACCUGCUGGGCGUCGCGCUCGACGGCGCCGGAGAGCGCGUGAGGAACACCGACACCGUGCGGCGCGUCAUCGCCGCCUUCGUCGAGCGGCAUGCGGCGGCGUCGACGGAAAGCGGGCGGAGCCGGCGGCGGGCGUCGCUGUCCGGCGGCCGAGCUGCAGAGGUCGAUCCGGGCGCGAUGGAGAAGGUGGCCAGGACGGUGGACGAGGUGGCGGCGGAGUUGGCGACGGAGGAGUCGCUGGCGAUCUCCAAAUUCGUGGGCGUGGCGGGGGCGGUGCCCAAGGAGGCGCGGGCGAAGCACGACGGCGUGUACAGGGCGGUGGACAUCUACCUGAAGACGCACCCGGCGCUGGACGAGAUGGAGCGGGAGAAGGUGUGCAGCGUCAUGGACCCGCUCAAGCUGUCGUACCAGGCGCGCCUGCACGCGUCGCAGAACAGGCGGCUGCCGCUGCAGGCCGUGCUCAGCGCGCUCUACUACGACCAGCUCAAGCUCCGCAGCGCCGGCGCCGGCGGCGAGGACGACGACAGGUGGGACGACACGCAGACGACGGCCGCCGGGAAGGCCCGCGCGCAGGCGAGGGCGGACGCGGCUCUGGCGCGGGAGAACGAGGCGCUGCGGUCGGAGCUGGCGCGGAUGCGGGCGUACGUGUCGGGGACGCAGCAACCCAGCAGGGGGAGCGGGUCGUCGCCGUCGGCGAAGAAGAAGGCGAGCUUCCUGGGGUCGGUGUCGCGGACGCUGAGCCGGCUGAACCCGUUCAAAGGCGGGUGGGCCAAGCAGGACACGGCAAGCAUCGCUGACAGCAGCAGGGACGCCAUGGCGCAUGUGGUGAAGCCCAAGAGGAGAAGGUCCUCCAUAAGCUAAUCAUUAGCCAUCUCACGAUCAUGUUCAUUUAGGAAGGAGAGUGUGGCUUGUAGUUUCGCUAUUACUAUAUUUGUUUUUUUAUUUUAUUUUAUGUUAUUUAAUGUUGUGAUACAUACUAUGUGUAUAUAAUAACUGUAUAACAUGUGUGCUUGCUUCAAAAAAAGAAACACAAUAGUACUUGAGUCAGUU